AGAAGAGAAGUAAAACUACUAAAACCUUCAAUCCAACGUAUAUAGCAGUGUAAUAUUGAAACAGAAUGAAUUAGUAGACCUCCUUGAAGACCUUGUGCUGCAGGCACAUCACAAAAACAGCAAAAAAGUCCACUCAUACACAAAUAAACGGUGUUUCAGUCCAGGUACAAUAUACAGCAGUGCCAUAUUCAAACAGAACCGGCUGAAUGCUUUAAAGGAACCUGGUGCAAAAAUCACACACGUACAAAAAAGACCUACUUGUACACUCAUAAACUGUCGUCCAGGUACAAUAUAUAGCACUGUCAUAUCCAAACAGAAUUCAAUAGCUGGCAUCCUUGAAGGACUUUGUGUUGUGCAGACCUCACAAAACCUAAAACAAAAAACUGUCCCCUUCUAGACAAAUGAAUCGUAUCUCAUUCAAAUACAAACGAGGUCAGUAGGAAAUGAGGAACAGUUGAAGAACAGUAGAAAUUUGCAAAGAGUGUGCUUAUGAUGAUACAAUUGCAUUUGGAGCCUGUUGCUACAUAUUGAUAUGCGAGUGAAUUGGAAAAAAAACACAUACAUUUGUAUGAAUCCAUAGUCAUUGGUAUGCUUAGAUGUCAAUAACCUGGUAGCCCUGUAUUUUAGUGAAUGACAGUUUGAGUGGUGAUAAAAACCCCUUUGCAAAUGUCCACAUAAUCAACCUACAGGCUGUAAGCGCAUGUGAAAGAGCACAUUAACUUUCAUGCAAAGACCCAUCCUUUCUUUAUACGACAAUUAAACACCAGCAUAAACUGCAACCUCCAAAACUGGCAGAUGUUCAGUCAGUAGAAGGAGGCAAACAUCAACACAACACCACCAGAAGACUGUGAUGUGGCCAUACCCAAUGGUCUGACCCACAGAUAAUAUGAAGUACUCUGCUGCCAAAGAAGAACUUCCUGCUGUACACAUAAAUAAGACAGGGGCUCUGUAUCAUGCAUGAACUCAAGUUGAGGUAAAUAUAAUGAGGUGGUGAAUUUAACUAAAUAAAACCAGGUGUUCGUUAUGACUCAGUCAAAAUCAGGCUUUAAGGAUAACAUGUCUCACAGUGUGAUGAAGCAUUCAGAAGACGACACUGCUGAUAAAAGUUUCUAAUUCCUGUCCUUCAAUAUGCUGGGAAAUCAGAGGGAAAAGGCCAAUACAGAACUUACUAGAGAAUCAUCAGAAUUUUACAUUUUCUUUAACCUCAAGGAAGCUGACUGUAAAUGAAUGGUUAUCUUAAAAAAAAACCUGUAAACAGCUCAAUCAGGAAAAACUGGGACUCCAAGUCUGACAUUACAAAGAUUCAAUUUAUGAGGCCCCUUUUAAUCUGAUGCAUGUGCUUUAACUCAGAGAACCAAAACAGGCUGCGUUAGCUUAGCUUUACAGGCAAUUUGUACUGCAAUGGGGGGGAAAUUCCUUCAUGUAUUCAGCCAUGGAGUAACAUCUACCGGGACAGAUCUUAAAUAAUGAGGGGUCACCUUAAUGGGCUCCUGAACGAAAGAAGAAAUUUCAUUCACGUAGACACCUUUUCUGACUUUAUAAAAGAAAUGGUUGGCAAAUGCAAGCUACGAAAAAAACAAAGAGCUGGAGAACGAAAAACAAAAACAUUGAAGCAACAGAAGGCAGAUGUGAAUGAAGUUAACGAUGCACACAUCCAAGCUGAAGUACUCAAGGAGCAGAAGGAAUUUCAGAGUAAGAAACAUCUGGAGGAGAUGACAACUGGAGCAGAAAUACAAAGAUCUGGAGGAGAAGAAUAAACUUCUGCAGAAAAAACAUCAGCUCCAGGAGAAAUUUAUGCAGCUUCAAGAGCCAGAGAACAUAAAAAGUCAGUAUGCACAGCUGGAGGAAAAAAAAUAAACAGCUGGAGCUCGAACACAAAAAAAUGGAGAAAAAGAUCCAUCUGGAAGUAUCAGAACUGGAAGCAAAGUUAAAAGAUGCACACAUGAUCAUUGAAAUAGAGAAUGAUUGCAAGCAAAAACUGGAAAACUGGAGGCUAGAAAUGCUGAAAUACUCAAAGAAAAGAUGCAACUGGAAAAAUAGCACAAAGAAAUGGAGAUCAAAAAGUUUGAACUGCUUGAGGAAAAAGCCCAGUCUGCGCAAAAACAUGAAGAAUUGGUCCAGAUGUAUGAGGAACAGCUGAACAAAAACAGAGAAAUUCAAAAGGACAAAAUAGAACAGCUGCAAAAAUAUGCAGCGUUGUUGACAAAGAAUAAAGAACUGCAGACCAAAAACUUGCAGAAGGAGCACAAAGAGCAAAUUCAGAAAUGUAAAAAACCUGAAGAAAAGCUACAAGCAUCGAUCGAAGAGUUCAAGGAAAUCCAUAAAGUGUAAAAAAAUUAAGAUAACACACGUGCAAAAAGUGGAAAACAAAAGAAUAAAGAGAAAAAACAUUUCAGACUCUUCAGGUCCAAGUCAGGCGAGGAGGAAGCUGAGAAAACAAUGAAACAACAACAAGAAAAAGAAGAAGAAAAUGGAACAGGAAAAAAAGCUGAAGAUGAGAAAAGGCUCCUGGUCCUGCACACUUAAAAAUGCUGAGUUAUUUCAUAACUCAACUUCUGGGUAAAAGCCGUGGGGUCGUAAGUUGGGUUAGUUUGACCAAAUAUGGGGUUCAAAACUCGUGACUUUAUCAAGUAAAUAAAAACUGCAUAUCUGUGAACUAAUCAUAAGUUAUCUACAGUAUUUUUACAGUUUGUUGGGGAAAAAAAUGUAAGAAGCAAAAUUUUUCCGUUAAAAAAAUUGACUUUUUUGAUGUUAAUUCAUGUAUUUCAAAAUAUCAGGGAAAUUCUGUGAAAAAAACAUGAAGCAUUCUGUUAGAUUACAUACAUUUGGGGGGCGGUUUUUUCUACAGUGCAGGACCAACGACAGUAUUUACCAAAAGUCAGACUCCAUAUUUUCACCUCUUUGGCCUCACUCAGGUCAUUUGAACUGUGUACUGCUACUUAAAGAUGCGGAUUCUGUUUGUUCACAUGACAUAGAGUAGAGGAGGGCACAUGAGCUAAGAAGAUGAGCUGGAUCAUUCAUAUUUCCAUUGAGGUUAGUGCUAUCACGCACAGGGGAUGAUCACAGCACUGCAAUCAGGAAAUUAAAAGGCAACGCAGACAGAACACCACAAACUGCUUCAAAGACCUUUCAACAUGGAAGGAAGAGGUCCUAGACGCAGCCCUCAAAUUCUGCUCUCUGAUGAUGAUAGUGGUCUGUGGAUGAAGAUGGAUUCAAACCAUGUGAGCAACCACACAGAGAGUCCUUCAGCGACCUCUGGUGAAAGGCCACAAGACGAAAUCACAAUGACCUCUGCUGCUCCCACUGCUAUAAUGAGGUACUGCAGUGUGAUGGAUGAUGAAGGUGCAGAUGAUGUCUUCAUCCCUCAACCACCUCCUCCUCCACCUCGCACGGCUACAUCGCUGCCAGCAGAGAAAAGCACAGGUGCAACAGCAAGUAAGUCUGGUGUGACCCUUUCAGUUGACGCAACAGAGGCUGAAGCUAAUCCAAGAGGCUUAGACUUGCCUCAUAGUGAGGAGCAGUUAAUGGUAGCACGAAACGAGCUGGAUGAAGAGGUGACUGCAAGUACGGUGCAGUUGUCUAUGGCCAACAUAUCCAAUGAACAAGACUCCUCUCCACCAACUUAUCAAGAACAGCAAUCCAUGGACGUGACUGGUUGUCUGAUGGAAACUAGUUAUGAUACAGAUGGAAGACCUUACGGGAAUAACGCAACAGAGGAUGACAAACCUGAGGACAUUGUAAUUAUAAGUGAAGAACAGGGAAACUGCUGGGAAGCCAAUACAGAGGAAGACAAUUACCCAAAACAAACACAUUCUGAGAAUCAGAUCCAUUUAGACAAAGAAGGAGACAAAAUAAAACACAAGGACACUGGUGAUUUUGAUGAAACAGACUCAAAACUAUUAAGAGAAAGUAUAGCUAUUGAGAGUGUGGAGGCAAAUUCUGAUGAUGAUUUCAAGCUCUGCAAAUGCAACCAAAACAGGACCAAUACAGCAACCAGUCAGACACAGGCUGCUGACUUCCAAGCAGAUACGGACAAAGACAAUGAAGAGCAUGAUGACCGUACAUCUUUGGACUAUAACCUCAUAAAGUAUGACUGUGUGAGGAAAGAAAGCGGCAGCACAGAAAUGCAAGUGCUAUCCAGCUCCAAAGGUUCUGAAGAAAGAGAGACAAUGGGGGAGCAAGAGGAUGGAAGUAGGAAAAUAUCUACUGAUAUCCAACAAGGUGAGCAACUGCUUCAUCGUCUGCAGCUGGUACAGCUACGACAUGAUGUGAAAAUGUCAGAGAACCCUCAUACCCAACAGCAGGCUGUCACGAUGGAUGACAAAAAGGGCAUGUUUGGGACUGAAACAGAGAAUAUACCUGGUGAAGAAGAGAGGGAAGAAGGCAGAUUUGAAACUCUCAAGGACGUGGAAGAAAAGGUGAGCCUGAUGGAAAAGGAAAAUAAUGAGGACAAAGACAUUCAAACAAAAGCAAGGACAUCUUCAUCCACAAUUCCAGGAGAGUCAGAAGAAGACCAGAUUAUUGUCAGAAUAGAUCCGAGUGACUCUAAUGACAAUCAGAGUGAUAGCUGGGAUCCUGCAGAUUUGUCUCCCAGUAACCCUCACGAAACUUCUAAUGAAAUUCCAUUUCUGUCCACUGGACACCGAUUUUCAGCAGCUGAAACCUCCAUGGAGAGGCAGCUCCAUGAGGCAGCCCAGGGGAAGCAGAAGCUGCAGAGAGCUGGGGGUAUUUUCAAUCUUGCAGAAAAUCCAGAUGUGCUGGAGAUUCCCUUUAAGACAGAUAUCUCUCUUGAGUCACUUACUACCAAGGUAGGUACAAGCCAAUGCAACGAGUGGCAAUUCUCUGAACAGAAGAUGCUCAAAGAGAUAAGUCAGGAUAUUCAGAGAGAACUAGUGCUGGUCAAUCAAGGUAAAAUCCCAGGGGGGUACAGCAAAGGAGAGAUCCGCCAGUUAAAAGAAACAAAACUGCUGUUUGAAGCCUUCCAGCAGGACAAUCCGGAGGGUCCAACAAGACACCGUAAAUCCCCCACAACUCUGAGGAAAGGUCAGAUUUACCCUUCAGUGCUAGAGCGCACACGUAGCCUUGAGAUGUUUUCCCUCAAAACUUGUCCUGUUUCCAGAGCACAUUCCCUCAGGCUGUACCAAUCUGCAAACCUUGAGAAGGAAAAAAGUCCUGACAGCAUCAGGUCAAAGAGCCCAACUGGGGGAUCACGAGACAAAACUCGCUUAUCCCCUUACCCAAAACAAGACAAACACAUUCGCCUGUACAGAAGCAUGGACUCUAUAAGCAAUGACGUCUCUACGUUAGCUGUGGAGGGUAAAGCAAAGGCAGCAAACGCAAACAAAGAGUCUUCAAUCCUCAAGCAAAACCCAUUCUUCAAGUUGCGUCCAGCUCUGGCUCUACAACCAGAGGUAGAGAAGGACAUCCGAGAAGCCAAAGAAAGAGAAGAGGAGCUGCGCAAACAGAGACGCACACUGUAUGGAGAGAAGAGACAGAAUAGUGAAGAUGAACAAAAGUCACAAACACUCCCAGCAGACAUCAGGAAACAGUCACGGGGGAAACUGGAGCGGGUUUGGCCACCUCCUUCUAAAAAGGACCAGAUAAAACUGGAGCAGAUAGAGCAGGAGCCAAAAGUUCACCGAGCAGGAGGACAGAAAGCUUCUCUCUGGCAACGCUGGGAGUCCGGCCUGAUCAACGGGAAGCCGUCAAAAGAAAAGAAGUGAUGUUAUCUGUCCUGGUUCUUCAACACUACAAACAGAAUAUCAGCAGCGCUAGACUUAUAGUCAAAAUAACCCAAAUUGUUAUGCUAGUCCCAGCUUCAAGACUUCCUCGCUCUUUUAAUUCUGCUUUGUAUCUGUGACAAAUAUGCUUUUUUGUAUCUUUAUUAUUAUAAAAAAAAAAUUAACAAUACCAGUGCAUAGAUUAUGUUAGGAAAAGCUCUGGGACCAGAACAGCCACUGUUCCAGCUGGUCCAGGAAAUAACUUUGCUAGAAAUCUGGCUAGCAUUAGCAGCAACAUCCUGCUCUAUCAGAUUUAGAAAAGUUUACACUUUCAGUUGACAGUUCAACAAAAGAGGGGUCCAAUCUUAUGGAACAACAUGGUUUAUACUUUUUUUUUAAAUGAAUAUUGUACCAUAAACACAACUGUCAGUUAUGUAGACAACACUAUAAAACUAUUUAAGCUAGCCUACUUGUACGAAAAAAACUCACAUAAUGUUCUUUACUAAAUGUAGCAUGCCUAAAUCUUCAAGGGUUAACUUUGCAAGAACAAGCAAUAUGAAUAAGAAUUAAAUUAUGGGAUGUAUGGGAUAUAUUCUUGAGCACGGUCACUGUACAAUGUCUGCAGUGACUGUUUACUAAGCCACUCUUACUCUUGGAUUUACGUCUGAGGCCACACAGAGGAGAUUACACUGAUCACAGCUGCUUUGUUCUGCUUGAUGUAUUAUUUGUGGGUUUUGUUGCAUAUUUUCUAACAAACCUAAAGAUCAUCCCAAGACCAAAAACUCUUAAAUGGAGAAUAAUGAUUAUUCAAAAUAAAUUUACACCGCUUGAUCCAUUGAACUGAAUUGUUUUGGUGCCCUCUAGAGGUUGUUUCAUCUCAGAGUUGAUUCCAAAUUCAAGCUGGUUGAAUAGAAUUAAAGAGAAUAGAAUUAAAGAAGAUAAACUUAACAAAGGCUUUAUUGAUUGGCCUGCAGUCACGUUUACAAGGGAGCACCUGGUUUCUAAUCUCUACACAGACAGAAGUACACAGCUUAGCCUGUCUAAGCACCAUCUGCCACCCCCACUGAGUCUGCCAAAAGAGGAAAGACUUUCACUCUGCCCUUCCUGGCUUGGUUAUCCCAGUGUUAAUUGGCUACCACUGUCACCAUCCUAUGAGCAGCAAGCGGUGCCAAGGCCAAGGUAUCAGUGGUUUGCAUUUUAACAUAGAUGCACUAAACAUCUAUAACAUCCAAAAAUGUUGGCCUUUGAAAGUCUUUACACAUACAUGAAGCCCUGCUUUAUCUGGUUGGGUCUGGAUCUGUAGGAGCGAGGGGCUGUACUUGUCUGUCAAUGGCACCAUUUGGCACAAAUAUUUAGGACACUUCUCAAACUGAACCCUUUUGCUUUAUGCAGUAUUUAAAUGUAUUUAUUAUUAAUUACACAUUUUCCUUUUCCAAGAGUAGUGCAUGUGCUGGGAAUAAAAUACAAUGCUUGGGUGUGAUGUGUGGACGCAUGAAAAAUGGGGACACUUUGAGUUGUUAGUCUGCUUUUGAGCUUAUGUUAGACGUGAUGUCUAAUGUAAAAAAAUAUAUACACUCUUCUGCCAAUCCAUUAGGUAUACUUAUUUUACAGCUUGUUAACACUAAUAUCAGUCAAAUAAUCAGCCAAACACAUGACAGAAACUCCAUGCACUUAGGCAUAGUGAAGAUGACCUGCUAAAGUUCAAUAUGAGCAUCAAAAUGGGGAAGAAAAAGUAAUUUAAGUGACUUUAAACAGCAUGGCUGUUGGUGCCAGAUGGGCUGAUGUGAGAUUUUCCCACACAGUUUUUACAGAUGGUUAAAAAAAAAAUAGAUUUCUGGGUGAAAAUACCUUGUAGAUACCAGAGAUCAGAGGAGGAGCUGGAAGGCAACAGUAUCUCAAAUAACCAUUCACUGCAACAAAGAUAUGGAGAAGAACAUCUCUGAACGCACGAUACAUCAAACCUUGAAGCAGAUGGGCUACAGCAGCAAAAGACCAAACGAAGUCCUGUCAGGUAAGAACAUGAAACUGAGGCUACAAUUCAUACGAGCUAACCAAAAUUGGAAAAUAUAAGAUUCAAAAAACAUUGCCUGAUCUCAUGAGGCUUCAUUUCUGCAUAACGUUCAGACGGUAGGGUCAGAAUUUGGUGUAAACAACAAGACAGCAUGGAUCCAUCCUGUCUCAUAUUAGCAGUUCCACAGCUGCUGGUGGGUAUAUUUUCUGAUCAGUUUGGGCCCUUUAGUACCAACUGAACCACAGCCUACCUGAGUACUGUUGCUGACUAUGUCCAUUGCUUUAUGAUCACAGUGUAUCCAUAUUUUGGUCGCUGCUUCCAGCAGGAUAACACCUCAAACUGGUUUCUUGAAUAAGACAGUGAGUUCACGAUACUUAAAUGGUGUUCAGUCACAUCUCAGUCCAGCAGAGCAUCUUUGGGAUGUGGUGAUGCGCAUCAUGGAUGUGCAGCUGACAAAUCUGCAGCAAAUGUAUGAUGCUGCCAUGUCAAUGUGGACCAGACUCUCUGAGGAAUGUUUCCAGCACCUUGUUGAAUCUAUGCCAUGAAGAAUUAAGGCAACUCUAAUAGCAAGGUGUACCUCAUAAAGUGGCCGGAGAGUGAAUAUUUGAGUAUUUUGUUUAGUAUUUGGGUGAGUUUAUCGUGUGGAAAUGUGAAAAUACACUUAUUAUUUUAUUGUUUUACAUUAAAAGACAGUCACAUGCUCACACUGCACAUUAAUUAAUUCACACCUAAUGUGGAUGUAAAUAUGCAUUAUUACAAAAACCUGAAGAGGGCAGUAAAACCUUAAUAAUAUGAGGCUUUAUUUUAAGCCAUCUAACUGAAAUAACCCUAUAUUUCAGAACAUUAGCCUACAGUGUAAGUAAUGAGUCAAAUCAAGUGUAAACAUAGUUAUUUCCCGGUACUUAAAAUAACAAUGAAACAACAAAAACUAUGACUUGUCUCCAGUGACACAGUAAGACCCUCAUCCCUGACCCAAAACCUGUAAGAUCCCUCCAGGCUGACGUCUCUGGUUUGUUUCAGUUUGUUUCUUAUACAAAGGGAUGAAGUCACUUCAAUGGAAGGCAUAUGCUGAGAAAGUACAGUUGUUAUGUAACCUCGGUAAUUUAUCCAAUGAUGAGUCACUUGCUUGACAGAACUAGAGCCACCAGCUUGCAUGCGGUAUCAAAUUUAUCUACAGUACGUUGAAUAAAAAGUUGCUUAAUGGAA